AUGUUUUUCCUCCUCACUAUCAAGAAAGUUGUUGAAGCUUGUACUAGCGUUAAGCCGAUCAUCCCUUUAGAAGGACCAACUGAACAACAGAUAAAAGAAGCUGCUGACUGGGAGGAGAAAGACUUUCUAUGUAAGAAUUCUCUUUUAAAUGAUUUGACUGAUGAUCUGUAUAACUACUACAGUACAAUGAAGAGAACGAAGGAGGUCUGGGAUGCCCUGCAAAAGAAGUAUGACACCGAGGCGGCCGGGUCGAAGAAAUAUGCAGUUAGCCAUUAUCUCAAGUUCCAGAUGACGGAUGACAAAUAUGUGGAGGCCCAAUCCCAUGAACUUCAGAAGAUAGCCCACAAGAUAAUUACUGAAUAUUUUAAGAACACUUUGAGGUAUAAGACCAAGGAGUUCUCCUUUGAGAGUCUUAUAACCCAGCUAAGAAUCGAGGAGGAAGCCCGGAAGCAAGACCAGAGGGAGGAGGUGAACAUAAUAUCUAGGAAACCUGCCUCUGCCUUGGAUAAGAAUAUUCUGUUGGGAGAUCACCACUCUACAAAAGUUGUUGGAAUCGGCGAGGUGGAACUGAAGUUUACCUCUGGGAAGACCCUCACAUUGAAGGACGUUCUGCACACUCCAGAGAUACAAAAGAAUUUGGUUUCGGGCUAUCUCCUCAACAAAGUCGGGUUUUGCUCUUUGCUUGACCACUGUGCCUUGACGGUUUAUAGUUCGUCGUUCUGA